AUGUCUGCAUCAUCAAGGAGAAGAUCGGUGAAGGACUUUCAGUUUGGAAAUAAGAUAGGUGAAGGAUCGUAUUCCACUGUUUAUAAAGCAGUAGAUGUCUAUUCGCGAAAAGUGUUUGCGAUUAAGAUCCUUUCGAAAGCUCACAUAGUUAAAGAAAAGAAAAUCAAAUAUGUUAAUAUUGAAAAGCAAACAUUGAACAGAUUAGGUCACCAUCCAGGAAUUGUAACAUUAUAUUAUACCUUCCAGGAUGAAUCAUCGUUGUUUUUUGUUAUUGAUUUCGCAGAAUAUGGCGAAUUGUUGACUUUGAUUCGAAAACUAGGGACAUUGAACGAAGUUUCAACAAAAUAUUACAUGAUACAGUUGGUAGAUGCCAUUAAGUUCAUGCAUUCCAAAGGAGUUAUUCACCGGGAUUUGAAACCAGAAAACAUUUUGUUGAAUCAUGACAUGAAAUUAAUGAUUACGGACUUUGGUGCAGCAAAAAUGCUUGAUGAAAAUGGGAAUGCCGAAGAAUUACAGAGUAAUUUAUCAAUUAAUAGCAAUGGAGGCCUGGGAGAAAAUGGUGACGAUAAGGAGAAGGCAGCAUCGUUUGUUGGUACUGCUGAGUACGUAUCUCCUGAGUUACUACAACAUAAUGAGUGUGGGUAUGAAAGCGAUAUUUGGGCUGUUGGUUGUAUAUUAUAUCAGUUCAUCGUUGGACUUCCACCAUUUAAAGGGUCUACUGAAUAUUUAACCUUUGAAAAAAUCAUUGGCCUUGAUUACAAAUUCCCUAAUCAUUUCAUUCCCGAUCCAAUCAAGCAUUUGAUUACGAAUAUAUUGGUGAUCGAUCCGAAAAAAAGAUAUACGAUAAAAGAUGUCCAAGAGCAUCAGUUUUUUAAGAAUGUUCCAUGGACAGACUUUAACUACAUUUGGAAGAGGAAUCCACCGAAGAUAGAAGCUUAUGAUCCUAGAACAUAUGCCAAUGGCAAUACUACACCACCAUCCACAACUGAGGUUUUAUCAAAGCCAGUUGUUGUCAAACAGCCUAUAAAUUUCUACAAAAAGGCGAUCGCGAACCCAUCAAAGACUUUGGAUAUUAUCAAUAGUACUUAUGUUCCUUCAUCCAACCACAUGAUGCCAACAAACUCUCCAAAGAAAAAUGUGGGUGCAUUACAUCAAACUGGAAAAGGGUACCCUAAAAUAAAUCAAUUCAACAGAAAUGCCGCUAUUGCCACUGCCGCCGGUAAUAUAGCAAUGAACAAUAUCACAACUCAGACUACCCCGUCAAAUAUCAAUAGUGCCCAUGUGAUGCCUGCCCAAAACCAAAAUAUUCAUAGUACCCAAAAAGUAAACGGCAAUAAUGCUUCGGUUAGCAAUGUUACUAAUAAACAAGGACAUGCGUAUAAAUCACAAACACAAACACAACCCCAACAGACCUCGACUCCCCCUCAUCCCCUGCAAUCAUCACACGGUGGAUCACCGUCUCAAUUUUCCAGCGUUAAAACUAAUGGGAAAAGCCAUGAAAAACAGAAUUCACAAUCUAGUAAUCAGACAAGAAUUUUCAAACUGCAGUCACAACAAAAACUUCAACAGAGCAACCAUUAUGUUUUCAAUAAACCGCUAAUUCAAGGUGGAGUCAACAUAUCAAAAUCUCAACCAACAAGCCCGAUAUCUUUCAAUUUAAGUAGCCAAAGUAAUCUAGGAAACAGAUCCGUGUCAGAGACAAAAAGUGAGAUUUCUUCACGUAUUAAUAAUGCGUCUUCUGUGGAUAAAAAUGGAAGUGGUGGUGAGAAUCAAUCCUACAGUCCGAUUGAGAAAAAUGGUUCCAGUAACAAUAUUGGUGAUGAAAAAAUGAUUAACGGCUUGGCACAUGAAAUUUCUAUCAAUGACAAUGCAACGCAAGUUAAAGAUUCUCUAGCAGCAGCCAAUGAAGCAAUUCAAAUUGCCCAGAAAUUUAGAGCCAAAAAUUUAUUUGCUUCUACUAGUAGUUAUCCAGGUGAAGCUAUGAACGAUUUUAAUGAUCCUAAAAAACCAAGCCAUCCAUAUGCGCCAAUGAGAUUGGCAUCUGGCAGCAACUCUGCUGCUCUGUCUCCAUUCAUGAAUGGUUAUGCUUACACUAGCAAUCAAUCCAGCACGCCAAUUGAGCAACCAGUGGCGAUCCCUUAUGAAGGCAGACUUUCGCUUUCAUCUGAAGCCCCUUCAGGAGUUGGUAAGAACCAGCAAUAUCACACGAAUUAUGGACUCAACCACUCGACCGACCUCGAUCAAAAUAUUCUCUUAUCAUCAAAUCCUGUGACAAACCCGAGUGGUAAUGCAGAGCCUCAUCCAUUUGACUCCUUAGCGAAACCGGAACCAGUUUUAUCAAAGAUCAAGCAUAAUCAAAGCUUGACACUUGAUACUGGCUUUCCAUCUUCCAAAAUUGAAGCAUAUUCAGAAGAAUUGACCAGCUCCCCAAAAUCACCCAGGGAUAUUGAUUCCAAGCAUACACAUUCAGCUUCUGCAAUGAAGAAAGUUGAUCCACCAGCCAAGAAUUCGGCUUUUGUUCCUCAAACAGAAAAAUUGAAAAUACAAAGUCCGAAGAUCUGUCCAUCACCCGUUAUUUACUUUGAUGAUGACAUCGAGCCAGAAUUCGAAGCUGAUCAUAUCCCUCCAGAAAUUACCCAGCUUCUAUAUGCGGAUGAAAAGAUAAUCAAAUUGGGCACCAUUGUUGUCAGUCAUUUGUCAUUUGAAGAUAUUUUGGAGACUGAUCCAAAUCUAUCUAUUAGCUCUGUAUAUGGAUCAAAGUUGGAUCUCAAUGAUGCCACCAUCAACGAAAUCAUAGGGAAACAUGGAAGGGUCAUUGAUUAUUAUUCCAAACCUGAAGUGAUGAUAGUUACAACAUUGGGAAGGCUAUUCAUUCUCCAAUCAAUUAAGUUGUCAAACAGAUUGUACGAGAUUAAGCUAACCGACAAUAAAAUCUCUUUGUAUGACUACGAAUUUGAUGAAGGCAGUGAAAGCAACUACGGAUACUUGUUGGUUGAAUUGAUUGAUAAGCAAUGUUUGUUAUUCUUAAGCCCCCAUGAUCAUAAAAGGGUUACUGUGGAUUUUGAAACCAAUACCAGCAUCACUUGGAUUGAAUGCUUGUUCAAGGCGAAACAGUUAUUGAGGCCAAAAACGCGCAAGAAAUGCAAUAUGGGCUACGAAUCAAAUACAGAGAACUCCUCACCGACAAAUAAGACUGGCUCGAACAUGCCAUCAUCACUGAAAUCAUCACCUAUUAGCCGUGAAUCGAAACUAAGUGUGGGCUCUCUGACAACUUCCGCCACAAGAUCCUCACAAGGGACCAACAAUAAGAAAAAUAAUUCUUCGGUCGCAAAUGUGGCUGCUGCUGCUGCUGCUGCCGCCGCCGCAAUUAAAAAGGAACAUCGAUAA